CUCGGCCGUGGACAGCCGCUCCGGCGCCAAGGUGGCCAUCAAGAAGCUGUACCGGCCUUUCCAGUCCGAGCUGUUCGCCAAGCGCGCCUACCGCGAGCUGCGUCUGCUCAAGCACAUGCGCCACGAGAACGUGAUCGGGCUCCUGGAUGUGUUCACUCCUGAUGAGACGCUGGAUGAGUUUACAGACUUCUACCUGGUGAUGCCGUUCAUGGGUACUGACCUUGGCAAGCUCAUGAAGCAUGAGACGCUGAGUGAGGACCGGAUCCAGUUCCUCGUGUAUCAGAUUCUGAAGGGGCUGAAGUAUAUCCAUGCUGCUGGUGUCAUCCACAGGGACCUGAAGCCUGGCAACCUGGCUGUGAAUGAGGACUGUGAGCUGAAGAUCCUGGACUUUGGCCUGGCCCGACAGGCAGACAGCGAGAUGACAGGAUAUGUAGUGACCCGGUGGUACCGGGCACCUGAGGUUAUCUUGAAUUGGAUGCACUACACGCAGACGGUGGACAUCUGGUCAGUGGGCUGCAUCAUGGCGGAGAUGAUUACAGGGAAGACCCUGUUCAAGGGCAAUGAUCACCUGGACCAGCUGAAGGAGAUUAUGAAGGUGACAGGGACACCUCCUGCUGAGUUUGUGCAGAAACUACAGAGCGCAGAGGCUAAGAACUACAUGAAGGGCCUUCCUGAGCUGGAGAAGAAGGACUUUGCCUCUAUCCUGACCAGUGCCAGCCCCAUGGCUGUGAGCCUCCUGGAGAAGAUGUUGGUGCUGGACUCAGAGCAGCGAGUAACAGCGGCUGAGGCACUGGCCCACCCCUAUUUUGAAUCCUUGCACGACACAGAAGACGAGCCCAAGGCCCAGAAGUAUGAUGACUCUUUUGACGACGUGGACCGCACCCUGGACGAGUGGAAGCGUGUCACUUAUAAAGAAGUGCUCAGCUUCAAGCCUCCCAGGCAGCUGGGGGCCAGGGCCACCAAGGAGACAGCCCUGUGAAGACCUCUGGGUGGCGCAGGGACACCAUAAGGACCCUGGCGAGGGGCCUCACACGCUGGCCUCCCCUGGGAGAGGAACCCUGGUUACUACCCUAUCUUGCUGGGGGUUGGAGAGGCUGAAUAGACCCUCAACCUGCGGACUCUCCUGAUCCGUGCUCCAGCGCUUUCUGCACAGGACCCUGCCUAACCUGGGCUGGCCUCUGGCCCCUGGGGCAGUCGCUCCCUCUACCAGGAUGCUGGAGAAAGCCUCAAGGCUGGCAGUCUGUGAGAAGGAAGGAGAGGGAGGGCUCAGGGUACCAACUCAGGGACACUGGCUCCCCUGGAAUGUGUGGGGGCGUUGUGGACACUCCUGCAUCCCAUCCUGGGGCACAAACUAGCCCUUUGCUGUGCCCACCCACCAGGAAGGAAAUAAACCCUUUGGUGGACCUCCCA